AAGAUGAAAACAAAUUCGUCAUCUUUUCUUUCGUCUAUCGAGUUUCGAGUACACCACUACAAAUGAUGAAAUAUUUGUUUUCAGGAUGUUUUUAUACUUUCUAUCCAUCGUAGCGUUGUGUACCUGUCUUAUAACAAUAUUGUUUUUGAAGUUUACAUCUCUGAAGCAUUUUAACAGUGGAAACCAACAUCAGCAGGGAAUCAUAUCAAUUUCUGCAGUGGAAUUUCUGAAGCUUCUAAAGAAGUCAAAGCCAUUUCCUGUUGGACUUGUGAAGAACUGGAAGAUUUUAUCAUGUCAGAGUGGAAGCAGGAUAUGGACAAGGAAACUAACGACCAGUGGGGGAGCUGAUGUCAGUGUCAUUGCCAGCUUUAUCAAACUUCCUUCAUCUGCUCAGGUUAUCCAUCAUACGCUGAAGGAUGUAUCAAAGACUGCUGAGUGGAAGCCAGGGGUGGAGACAGCCAAUUAUAGAGCCUCCGAGAGGCCAACCCUCCAUAGAUCCUCCUCCUCAUGGAUGGAAUCAAAUGUGGGGGUGGAUCAAGUGUUAGAAAUAGGUGUGGAUCCUGUCUUCCAAGGAAAUGAUAGUGUAGAGAGCUGUUCAAGAAUGUUAACAAGGCAUUGGCAUCGUGAGGAUAAUGGUUGCUGCUGGCUUUUGGAAUCAGAUACUGACAAACAUGAGCACAUGUUUUACCUUUUACAACCAUUAGAAGAUGUUGAAACAUCGUUACUAACUAUACUUAGUUACUCAACCAGUCCUGCAAUGUUUACAACAGUGGAAAAGACAGUAUCAGAUCAUCUUAGUUCACUAAAAGACUACAUUUUCCACAGAAAAUUGAAAGCUACUCCUUUUAUUGAUCUUAAAUUACCCAGCAAGCACCACACAUUUCGUGGAUUUGAUGCCUUGUCUUCCAGUGAUGAUGAAGAUGACAGUAACAUUUUCCAACAAAAGUUUCACCAACUCCAUCCGGAAGAAAAACAUGCCAUCAUACAGAAGUCGGAAUCCAUUUUGAAACUCUCCCCAGUGAAGUCUUCUGCCAGACAGCGAACAUUAUCUGACAAUAUGAGUAUCAAAGAAUUAUCAGGCAGUGAUAGAUCAAGACCCCGGUCCCAAACUCACCCCCACACAUGCACAUUAAUUAAAGAACCACAAUUCCAGGACAAUAAUAAUAUUGAUAAAUCAGCUUCCAGUGAAUUGGUGCUAAAAGACAAUGGUGCUAUUGUAACAGAGUCAAAGUUUAAGAGUGACACAGCAUUAGAGCUGACUCAGAAUCACAGCCCCCCAGUGACCAGGGAGGGGGAGAGAAGCCGGAUAGUAACCAGGGAGGUUGUGGAUGAGUCGGUCAGUGACGUGUCGGACCUCAGUGAAUCUUCUAGUCCAGAGAGGGAGGAGCAGCAUGGUACAGAUGAUGAAAAGCAUGCUAAAGAAGUGGCAAGAAACACAACAUUGGCCAACCAGGUGGCAGCAGAGUUACUGGCCUUGGUUCAUAGGGUUUCCAAUUUAGAUCUGAAGGCCUCACCCCAGCAACAACAGGACUCCACUGGAGGAUGGAUGUUUUGUGGCUUUGAGAGUGAUGUGGUGAUCAUCAAGCGCCAGUUUCACAACAUCAAUUUAUCAGGAAGCUACAUUGGUAAGGGCAUUAUCCAAGCUCCCCCUCAAGCUGUGAUGGAUGCUGUAAAGAAUCCCAGGACUAGAUAUACAUAUGAUGACAGCUUAAAGAGAGUAGAUAUCCUGCAGCAUGUCACUGAGAAGAUUAAAGUCGUGUACUACAGUAAUGAGAUACUACACAAGUUUAAGAAGUAUCAGUAUGACUGGUGUGUGAUUCAGAGUGAGCGACAAGAUGGCGAAAAACUUGUCUUAUCCAUGGAGUCCGUAGAUAAUGACCUUCCAAUCCCAGCUGGGGUCAACAGGAUCAAGAUUCUGCCGAGUGGUUGGAUCAUAGAGCCAGUUAUAAGGGACAACAAAACAGUUUCCUUGGUGACAUAUGUCAUGCAGAUGAAUUAUGGGAUGUGUUCGGAUGGAGCAGCUGAUAAAGUACUGAUAGAUGAGAUGGUAUCAAAGCAGCCCCUCAGUAUAGCCUACCUCCGUCAGUACUUACGCCCUCCCCUCGCCCUCACUCGUAAAACUUCACACUCCAAGAAAACCUUAUAACAGGGGUCCUCUAGUCUUAAGCACUAAACUGUUCAUUGAUGUGUUCAAACUAGUUUUUUUGCUGUUGACUGUGCCAAAACAUUUUUUUAAAUCUUGAACUUGUAAAGAAAUUGACUUGAUUUGAAGAUUACCAGGUUAUCCUCUUUUCAAUAUUAAACUUAAAUAUACUAAAUAGAAGGAACAAAGUAUUGGAUAUUUUUUACAUGAACAAUAAAUAUGUACAUUCUACUUUGAUGUUGUGUAGCAUGAACAAUGAAAUCUAAGUACCAAAUAUUGUAACUCAGAGAUAAUUUUGACAUACAAAUGUACUUUUAUUCCUUGUCAUUGUGCCAGUAGUUUUCAAGUCUUGUUUUUGGUUCUAGCCUGUUUACAGCACAUGAACUUUAUAUUAAAAUAGGUGUUCACAUUUUUUAGUGCAAUUAUAGUCACAGUGGUCAAAAGCACAGUCUGCACAUGUUCAUAUUUAGUGGAUUUUUCCCUCAGUAAACACAUGUAUAAGAGGCUUUAACAUAAAGGUAUGGUGCAUGUUCAUACUAAAAAAGCAUUUAGUUUUUAUGUAAUGCUGAAGAUAGGGGUAUGUUUGUGAGAUAUUAUAUUUUGAAAUUGAGCAGAGUCAACCCAUUUGUUCAGUUUUAACCUUGUAUCCAAUAUAAAUUCCCUGAUAUAUUCUAUGACAUUAAGUUUUGUGUAUCUAUGGUUGUAAUGCUUAUUUAUACCCCCAUUCUGAAGGAGAGGGGGGUGUACCAUUUUACCCUUGUGUGUCUGCCAGUGAGUCUGUCCGUAACAAGUUUUGACUUUGUUUUCUCAGCAAGUACUCAGCACAGAUGAAGGAAAUUUUAGCACACUCUUUGUUUAGACAUGCCAUAUGGUGGGAUUCAUUUUUGUUUGAAUCUGAUGCCAACUUCCUGUUUAUCUGUGCAUUCAUAUUGGAGUAGGGCAUUUGCUCACAUACCUCUUGUUCUUGAUCGUUUCUUUUUUAAUUUUUUUUGUCUUGUUUUUU